CGCUUUGAGCUCUGUGGCAGAGAGCUCAGAGAGUCUGAGACUUGGCUGGUUAGCAGGGCUCUUCCAUCAUAAGGCAGCAGAUCUCCCCGCUGGCUGGUGAGCCAAGGAAAAUGUCUCCAGCCAGGGGACAGGGUGCUAGGAAUCAGGGCUGCAGCCCCAUCUUCAGUUCAUGGAGUGAAAGAGUUUUCCAGCUGUUCCUGCCUCUCUCCUGCGGAGCUCUCUGGCAGCCCAAGAUCUCCCCUGGCUUUGGGUGCUGAAGCGACUGAGCAGCACGUUCUGCCAAAAUGAUGGAAAAUAAAGUGUUCCUGUCAUUCACGUUCUACAGCACAAUUUUGAUUUUAAAAAUGUAUGUCGUUGCCAUCAUUACGGGUCAAGUGAGACUCAGAAAGAAGGCAUUUGCAAACCCGGAGGACGCCCUGCGCAAUGGGGGGUUGCAGUUCUGCCGCGAGGACCCGGACGUGGAGCGGUGCCGCAGGGCCCACCGUAAUGACAUGGAGAACAUCUUCCCCUUCCUCUUCCUUGGAGCCGUCUACUCCCUGCUGGAUCCCAGUCCCACAGUGGCCAGGAUCCACUUCCUCAUCUUCUGUGUAGGACGGAUCAUCCACACCAUUGCCUAUCUCCUGCGCCUCAGGGCACCCACACGCUCCGUGGCCUACAGUGUGGCCCAGCUGCCCUGCUUCUCCAUGGCCCUGCAGAUCCUCCUGGCCACCACCCCAUACUGGUAACAACCAGAGAGACCAACCACCCAAACCCCCUCAUCCUGGCUCUGCUGGUCCCCCCGUGAGUGGGAGAGUGUGUGCGUGUGUGUGUGAGAGAGAUGUCACCAGGGAGGUCACCUGCACCCUGAGGAUGUUCAGUGCAGCCUUGAUGAAAUUCCACUGCCAUCAGAAUAUGUCAGAGAAGUCAUGAGAGAGAAGGGACAUGCAGGAAGAGGAUGUGGAGGCAGGUUUCUCUCUUUCCUGCUGAGCAUGAGAGGUGGAAAGUACAUGGACUACCCCUCAAGGAAGGGGUCAUUGAAGGAAAGGUUUUCUGUGUUUGGAGCUGUGACAGGGAAGAUGUGCCUUGUCCUCCUGGUCAUGAAUAUCCCAUGAAUCAGGCAGGGAAAAUCAUGGGGGUCCCACAGCCUCUUAGUCAGAUGGGGUUGGUAGCAGAGGUUAUAAAGCAGCCACCCUUCUCCUGCCCAGCCACGUGCAUCUGUGAGAAUGUGAGUCCCUUAGGACUUAGUCCCUUAGGUUCCCUCCUCACCAAGGAGGACAGGAGGCAGGUGACUUCCAGGCAGUGAAACAGGGAAUUCAAAAUCUCAGGGGUGAUGUUGGAAAGCCAUUGAAGCAUUCAGUGCUCCCAGUGCCACCUCCUCUCACGCCACAGGACACAGCUCCCUGGCAGGAGCCUGACUGCAGGCAGGACCCUGCUAGCUCCUGGCAGCUCCCAGCCAGCAGCAGCUGUGGCUUUUCCAGCUCAGCCCCAGCACAGCAGGAUGCAGAGCGACAUGCCUGGAGAAGCCAGCAGGAAUCCUUUACCCUGGACACAGAGCCUGGAUACAUUUUCUGGACACAGUUCUGGGACUUCUGGAAAGUCUAAAAUGCUGGCACGAAACAGGUUUACAGACAGAGUUUUCUCCCAAAGGGCGUCUAGUCCACAUGCCACUAAUACCUGAAAAUGUCCCCAGGGCGUCAGACUGAGUUUCUCCCCCUCUGUAGCCUUUCUCUGGUUGCAGAAUGGCCGUUGCUAUUUGGGAAAUGUGCUGUGAUCGCCUUAGGGGUGUUUUCUUUCAGCUGUUCCCUGCUGUCCACUACUGCCACGCCAUUCACAGCCUGGACCAGCUGAUGUUUGCAGAAAGCUCUGGAAAUGAGCAGAGGGGCUUUGAAGGGAGUAUUGCUGCUCUGCAGUGUCACCCAAAAGUGUCUUGUUGGAGAGGAGAGGCCGGGACCAGGGUAUUGCAUGGUGACAAAGGUCCACGAGCUCCUCUGCCACACAGCUGUCCCCAGGUGCCAGGGGCUGCUCCCAGCAGCAGCAAGGGAGCAUCCCUCUGGAGGAGAAGGCAGGAGGAAACCUCUGCUCUUCAGUGCCUCCUCCCUCCUCUGAGGGCAACACAGAAUCUGAAUAACAUCACAGGGGCAAGCCAGAAUGAGUAGAAAAUAAAUUCCCCUUCCACCUGUAAGGCUGUCCUCUUGAUUCUGCUCUCCUCAGAGAUGCUCUUGCUGAGACCUCACUGGGGAGAACACCUGCUCAGACUGAUGUUCAGCCUUUGCUCAGCUCGGGUAGAAGUUUCUGUACCAGUAACUCAAUCCCAGUGCUGUUGUGGCCUCAGGCUGAGCUGUGUGGUGAAGUUUGAAGUGGAAUUCUUCGCUCUCUCACUUCAAGGAAGGUGGGCAGGAUUGCAGGUUCAGCAAUUCACUCGUGGCCACUUCUCCUUCACACAGAUGCCUGGGUAACACAGACCCUUCUUCACAAGUCUUUUCUGCCUCACAUGAUGCAAAAGAUCUUGAACUCCUGUAUGUUUCUCUGCUGCUGCACAUGCAUCCUGGUGGCAGGAAGCAAAUAUUCCCAAUAAAAACAAAUCAUUGUGCUCUGAUACAUCCUUCCUUCAGGAGCAGCAGAUGCAGCUGGGCAGCAGCUGGGUCCAGCCCCAGCAGGAUUGAUCCUCAGCAAGAUGUGAAACCCCACUGUAGAGCCUGGAGUGCCCUGGGACUUCUAGAGAGAAUCCCUUUCCCCUACACUCACCUGUCCUGCAGAGGAACCUCUUUUCCAGGUGUGCAUUAUUUGUGCUGAUCCUUUAAAUUCAGCAGAGCUGGGAAUUACAAGCAGUUCUGCUCACUUUUCCUUCCCUGAAUAGCAAGUUGUUACAAAGCUUGGUGAUCACACAAAAAUCCUGGAGGGCUGGAGAAGCUCAGGUAAGAUGUGGUUGCUCUUCUUUCUGUUCUUAGGACUCAUAAAGGAGCAGCUUGUAUUUUCCAAGAUAAGUAGCCCCUUUUUUUUUUUUUUGCACGAGGUUGCCAGGCAACAAAUGCUUCACUUCUCUGGUUUUCCUGUAUUUUCUUAAGUUGUUGGUGGCUGGGAGGUGCUGCUGCCCAGUCUGUGUGUUGUGUUAAUUUCAUAAAAUGGCUCCACUUAGUUGUUUUCUUUC